UAAAUACUAGUACAACCAUUCCUAACCGCCAUUCUCUUAAUUACUUCCUUUGCUUCAUCAGCACUACAACUCUUAUCAAAUUUCAACAUAAUUACUCUAUUUAUAUAUAAUUUGGAAAUGAAGCUAAUCCUUCCCUUGAAAUCGAAACUUUUGAUGCCAUGUAAGAAGCUGCUGUUACGCACCAUCAAAUUUAAGCUCCGCAUACGAAAACCCUUCUUCCUAAGAAGAGUAGUGCUCUACCAUCGCCGCCGCAAGCAGCAGCCCUCGCACGGCGGCCUAUCGAAGAUCCUCUCGAUUCUGAGACUGCGGAAGAGAAGCAUGGAGACGACGAGGACAAUCAAGAGCAGUUUGUCAGAGUUGCAUUAUGAGAGGGCGCCUUGCCCUUCGCCGCUGACUCCGGCGUACAUAAAGCUGAGCCGACCGGAGAGGAGUGAUCAGGUGGAAGAUGCUUGUAGAAGCUUCGAGAAUUAUUUGGUGGAGAUGAUCGUGGAAGAGGGGAAGAUGAAGGACUUGGUGGACGUGGAGGAGCUUCUGCGUUGCUGGAAGGACCUCAAGUCCCCUCUCUUCCUCGAUCUCGUCUGCAGAUUCUACAGAGAGCUUUGCAAGGAUUUGUUCAUUGAAAAUGCCUCAUGAUUCAAUCAUCCAUCCAUCCAUCUCAUAUAUCUCUCUCUCUCUCUAUAUAUAUAUGUAUUUGUAGUUGCAUCAAACUAUAUAACGAUUGUAUAAUGUUCUUCAAUAUAUUCCUGUUGUGUGUUUCCUGUUAGAUU